AUGUUUAAUGCGUGGGCCCGGCAGAAACACCCACACCAUAACAAACAACCUCUGGGGAAGCUGAACAAACAGACCUGUUUUGAACAGACCUGUCACCUUUUUACUGUCAAACCCGACAAGACAGCUCAAAUAAUCGUACAGCAGCGUCUGAGCGGCACUUGGAGAGGAAGGACAGCCGAGACGAAGAUGAAGAGGCUCCUCUGCUUCACUCUGAUAUGGGCGGCUUCAACUCUGGUGAGGAAAACAACUUUUUUUUAAAAUGACAGGACCUGAAUUCUGAACAGUUUCUGAUAUUUUUUUUUCUAGCUGUAUCAGGAUUUCGUUACUGAGAGGGACAACACAAAACCUUGAGACUAAGGACACCAGAACUCUUUGUUUGUAGUUUUAGAUCCACUGUCACAUUUUUUGUUUGUUUGUUUAAAACCACAUUUUCACUUGUUUACUUUCUUGGGUUUCUUGUUUCAGUAGACGCUCUGACCAUCUCUCAUAUAAUUGUAACUGUAUUCAAACAAAAGUAAAGGAUGACCAAGAAAAGAAAACAAGUUCAGGAGAGGUUCAAAUGCACAAGAAGCUGUAGAAGAAGAAAAGGAACCACAAACAGGUGCUGACGUCCUUCGGUCUAAACCGGCUCUCAAGGUUUCUCGUGUCCUUCUCAGGUGCAGACGUUUAAUUUGACCGAAGAGGAACAAGACUCAGGCUUACCCCCAGCAACCCACCCUGAAGACCCAGGUACUUCCCCCUCUUUAACUUCAGGUAUCUACAUUUGGAGUCAAGAUGUGCUGAAGUCCUGUAAACCAAGAUUUAAGAAAUACAGUCGACUGAGUCCCAUGAUGGACAGUUUGUUGGUAAACUCAAAGGUUUACCAAGCGGCGAAGUACUUCUGGUCCGAAUAGUCUUUUAAAGCAGAACUUAAUGGUGCAGAUGUCAGCCCAGUCUCAGGUGUGCCCCACAUGCAAACAGGGUCAAGAAGAGAUGGGUGUUCUAGAUCUGGCUUCACAGUUACUGGCAAUUUCAACAGCAUCUGGAACCACUACGAAAACGCCGUAUUCCACGAUAGUAGCUGAUCAUUUCUAUUCAAGUUAACGUGUCGAUUUCCACCGGUUUCUUUCCGUUGCACUGCAGAUUUUUUUCCGGACGCCGGAGCAUGGCGGAUAAAUUCAGCACAGAUUAACCCGUGCUGGAAAGGAAGUCGGGCACAGACACAAAAUAAAACAUCCGGCUUCUUUUCAAAAUAAAACACUCUUUGAUUCAGGCGGAUCGUACUUCACACCAUCUACUGCUUAAAUGGUUAGUCUAUGUGGCUAAAGACAACUUGUUAUCUUGUGAUUGCACGUGAAUCUGCAGGUUCUUGUUAGUUAUCUGAUUCCUGCUGUCCGUAAUCCGCCAUAAAAUUCGUCUCACAAACGGAUCCGGUAGGAAUUGGCGUAUGGCGAAAAACGCAACUGUUCCGGAUUGGAGCCAUUCCGGUUGCAGUGGAAAUCCCGGGUUAAACCUCUGAGUACAAACCUCGUCUCUUUUUUCUCCUUUUUUUUUUUAAACUUUAAGUUUUGAGUCGACUGAGCCGUCCUCACCCCGUGUGUCUUUGUCUUUGUUUGCAGACACUAAACCUAAAGUUCCCUGGCCUCACCGAAAAUCAAGCCUGUCGAUUUGUCUGAAGGACGACGACUACGACGAUCUCCUAGACAUCGUGAGGGAUGGACUUCCUAAAACCAACUCUUCUCAUCAUGUUGUCAUCGUUGGAGCCGGAAUCGCAGGACUGACUGCUGCAAAGCUGCUGCAAGAUGCAGGAUACAACGUAAAUGAAAGACGAUCAUGUGUCUGAGUUUACUUUGAAUGAUUUAAUCCAGCAGUAGGAGAUUCUAGAUUAGACGUUAUCGCAGUGGGGUUAGGAUGCACUGGUUUGCUAUUUAAUUAACAGUAAUUAGUCGUAACAGACAUAACUGCUUCUUCGUUUUCUCAAGGUAACCAUUUUAGAGGCCAGCCAUCGUGUCGGAGGACGAGUGGAGACGUACCGUAACGAGGAAGAGGGCUGGUACGUUGAAUUUGGAGCAAUGCGGAUUCCAAGCUCUCACCGGUGAGGUUUUAAUUCCUGAAUUGAAAAUAAAUCUUGUUCACAGUCCCUCAAGAGAAGAUAUGAACAUGCAGAGAUGUUUGGGUAUGACCAUCAUCUUGACUCAUAAUCUGAACGCCACCGUCACUCCCUCUCUGAACAGGAUUGUCCUCUCGAUGGCCGAACAGCUGGGGGUCAAGUUAAAUGAAUUCCUCAUGGUUGACGACAACACCUUUUACCUGGUUAAUGGGCGGCGUGAAAGGACUUCUACUGUGAAGGAAAACCCUGAUAUCCUGGGGUACGAUCUGCGGGACGACGAGAAAGGAAAGUCAGCAAGCAAGCUACUGUAUGAAGCCUUGGAGAAGGUACGUAAAAAAAGGACAGGAAUAAACGUAACCGGUACAUUUAUCAAUAAAUACGAUUCCUCGGCCUUUGUGAUAAUUCACAUUUCUGCUGGUUCUCAGACUCCCAAGUAAAAUACAUUUAAUUCCAUGUAUCUGACUCUCGUAGAGCAGCUUGUCGUCAGCAUAGAGAAAUUAAAUUCCUUCAGGAUUACAUUUUAAAUGAUCGGAUCAAGAUGAUUUGAACAGGUUAUUGGGUGAUCACCAAAACUAUUUAGCUUGACGUCUCUAUCAUUAAUGACCAAUCUUAUCAAAGACAGUAACCUCUCUCUUUGUUUCCUUUAGGUGGACGAUGAAGCGUCAGCCAACGGUUGCUUGGCUACACUGGAAAAAUACGACAAGUAUUCCGUCAAGGUAAAAACGUUUGAAUCUGUAAAACUGUAAAAGAAAUAUACUUUGAAUAAUUCGGUACUUUGGUUAACAGGCGUACCUGAAAGAACAAGCACGCUUGAGUGACGAGGCCAUCAGGAUGAUCGGAGACCUUCUUAACGAGCAGAGUCUGAUGUUCACAGCGCUGAGUGAGAUGGUCUAUGAACAGUCAAUCAUCAACGACCACACCAAGUGAGACCUUCACACACGAUCUUUAAACUAAGAACAAAUGAUAUCGAGAGCAUGAAAGUCUGGGUUCAGGAUGCUGAGGUUCAUCGUUACGCAGAUGACACCGUCUUUUACACUGGUUGUAUAAAACACACACGGCUAAAAUUUUAUGGUAACCAAAUAUCAUUAAAAUCUUUUAACUACAAAACCCAAUUCCGUUGAAGUUGGGAAAUUGUGAUAAACGUAAAUAAAAACAGAAUACAAUGAUUUGCAAAUCCUUUUCAACCUAUAUUCAAUUGAAUACACUAUAAGGCAAGAUAUUUGAUCUUCAGGCUCAUAAACUUAAUGUUUUUUUGCAAAAAAUUAACUUGGAAUUUCAUGGCUGCAACACGUGCCAAAGUAGUUGGACAGGGUCAUGUUUACCUCUGUGUUCCAUCACCUUUCCUUUUAACAAACUCAGUAAACGUUUGUGAACUGAGGAGACGAACUGUUGAAGCUUUGAAGGUGGAAUUCUUUCCCAUUCUUGAUGUUCAGCUUCAGUUGUUCAACAGUCCGGGGUCUCCGUUGUCGUAUUUUACGCUUCAUAAUCCUCCACACAUUUUCAGUGGGAGACAGGUCUGGACUGCAGACAGGCCAGUCGAGUACCCGCACUCUUUGACUACGAAGCCACGCUGUUGGAACACGUGCAGAAUGUGGCGAAGCGUUGUCUUGCUGAAAUAAGCAGGAAGGGCGUCCAUGAAAAAGACGUUGCUUGGAUGGCAGCAUAUGUUGCUCCAAAACCUGUAUGUACCUUUCAGCAUUAAUGUUGCCUUCAUAGAUGUGAAAGUUACCCGUGCCUUGGGCACUAAUGCACCCCCAACAGUCCGGAUGGUUCUUUUCCUCUUUGGCCCGGAGGACACGAUGUCCACUAUUUCCAAAAACAAUCUGAAAUGUGGACUCGUCAGACCACAGAACACUUUUACACUUUGCAUCAGUCCAUCUUAGAUGAGCUUGGGCCCAGAUAAGCCAGCGAGGUUUCUGGAUGUUGUUGAUAAAUGGUUUUCUCUUUGCAUAGUAGAGUUUUAACUUACAGAUGUAGAGACGAACUGUAUUUACUGACAGUAGUUUUCUGACAUGUUCCUGAGUCCAUUUAUGUCGGUUUUUGAUACAGUGCUGCCUGAGGGGUCGAAGGUCACAGACAUUCAGUGUUGGUUUCCGGCCGUGCCGCUUCUGUGCAGUGAUUUCUCCAGAUUCUCUGAACCUUCUGAUGAUAUUUUGGACUGUAGAUGUUGAAUUCCUUAAAUUCUUGCAAUUGUACUUUGAGAAACGUUGUUCUUAAACUGUUCGACUAUUUGCUCAAGCAGUUGCUCACAAAGUGGUGAACCUCGCCCCAUCCUUGCUUGUGAAUGACUGAGAAUUUUUGGGGAAGCUGCUUUUAUACCCAAUCAUGGCACCCACCUGUUCUCUAUUAACCUGCUCACCUGUGGGACGGUCCAAAUAGGUGUUUGAUGAGCAUUCCUCAAAUUUAUCAGUAUCUUUUGCCAUCUUUCCCAACUUCUUUGUCACAUGUUGCUGCCAUCAAAUAAUAAGUUAAUUAUCAUUUGCAAAAAAAAAUAAAGUUUAUGAGUUUGAACAUUAAGUAUCUUGUCUUUGUAAGUGUAUUCAACUGAAUAUGAGUUGAAAAGGAUUUGCAAAUCAUUAUAUUCUGUUUUUAUUUACGUUUAUCACAAUUUCCCAACUUCAAUGGAUUUGGGUUUAGUACGUUCUGUAAAACAGCGACAUAUUACUGGAUGAGCUGUAAUAUUCAGCUCUUUGAGAUCCUGCCUUACUCAACUGGACAAAGUAUGUGAUAAUCCUUUAAAAUAAAGACAAUGCAGUCAUUUUUAGAGAUAAAUUGAGUUGUGUUAAGAGUGUGGCAGAUCAACAGACCUCUGAUAAAUAUCUGUUCUCUUUUUUCAGUUACUCUGAAGUGACCGGUGGGACUGAGCUUUUACCCAACGCUUUUCUACCCUUCCUCAAAAAUGUUGAUAUUCGCCUCAACUCCAAGGUGAAGCAGAUCAGCCGGGAUAAUACAGGUGUUGUCGUGUCCUACCAAGCAGAAGGUGACUCUGGUUUGACUGAGGUUAACGCUGACUUCGCCCUGGUGACCACCACAGCGAGAGCAGCCCUUUACAUCGACUUUGUUCCAAAUCUAUCGAUCCAGAAGAUGGAUGCACUGAGAGCACUUCACUACGACAGCUCCACUAAAAUCGUCCUCACCUUCAGUCGGAGGUUCUGGGAGGACGAUGGCAUCCAUGGAGGAAAGAGCAUCACCGACUGGCCUUCUCGAUUCAUCUACUACCCCAGUCACGGUUUCCAAAACCAGACCAUCGGAGUCCUCCUGGCUUCCUACACCUGGUCUGAUGACUCCCUCCUCUUCUUGGGUGCAAGUGAUGAAGAUCUGAAAGAUCUGGUCCUGAAAGACUUGGAGAAGAUCCACGGCAGAGAUGUCAGGUCUCUGUGCACGGGGGUGUUGGUGAAAAGGUGGAGUUCAGAUCCUUACAGCUUGGGCGCCUUCGCUCUCUUCACCCCCUACCAGCACUUACAGUACGCCGAAGAGCUCUUCAGAAACGAAGGCAGGAUCCACUUCGCUGGAGAACACACAGCCCUCCCCCACGCCUGGAUGGAGACGUCCAUGAAGUCCACUAUCAGGGCGGCGAAGAACAUCGCCAACGCGGCGCUCUAG